GACGAUUUGCACAUGCGCAGCUCAGCGCGAGACGACCCGAUGACGUGUUUCUACGCAUGCGCUUUUCUAGCCGACAUCUCCAUGAAGUCGUUUACCUUGUGACGGGUUUUUCUAUUGACGAAGCAGUAUUAGCUUAUCUUCAUAUUGAUACCGCCACCGACUGUUUCCUUGUUGAUAUUCAAUUGGCACAUGCGCAUUUGCGAUUAGUUGCCAUCUUAGAGCAGUGAGAAAAUUGGUUGUAUUUGAUUAACGUCUAUUGAAAAGUAUGGAUUUCAGCAAACAAAGGCAUGCAAACAUGGGCUUCAGAGUCCAAACGAGAGCAGUUUCGGAGAUACCUGGAGAAGGCUGGUGUCCUUGACAGCCUCACCAGUGUGCUGGUGGCAUUGUAUGAAGAGACGGAGAAACCCAACAAUGCACUUGAUUUCCUCAAGCAGCACUUGGGUGUGGCUGGCCAGGAGUCUGCAGACACUGAGGCACUCCAGCAGGAGCUAAGAGACAUGAGGCAGAGGUGUGAGCUGCUGGCCGAGGAGAACAAAGACCUCAAGAACAGGCUUCAACGCUAUGAGCCUACGCAAGAAGAUGGAGCUGCCGAAUAAAAAGUGACUCGGCUUUAUUGAAGUCAUUUUGUUAGAAACUACAAUUUCUAUGGCAAGUCGAAACCAGCAAUGGGAGGCAAGGAGUUUAUACACCUGUUUUUUAUUUUCUUUAUACUCUGUUUAAAUAUUUAACUUAUUUUGUAUAUUUGAAAUAUAAUAGUUGUUAUCCCUUAUGAUUGUCUCCUCCCUCUCAUAAAAGCGAACCCCCUUUUUCUGUGUUCAGUGUACUUCAGCCUACUGCGUACCAAUGCUUUGUCUCGAGUAAACAAACGGUAACAUAA